AUGUUUGACAUAACAAAUGCGAACGUUGGUCAUACUCGUAAAGCUCUUUCUCAUGACGUUCGUCAAGAGUUGUUUGAACUUACGAACUCAAACGUUGGUGAAACAAGAAGAGCUGUACCUCAUGAAGUAAGAAGAGAAAUGUAUGACAUAACAAAUGCAAACGUUGGUCAUACUCGUAAAGCUCUUUCUCAUGACGUUCGUCAAGAGUUGUUUGAACUUACGAACUCAAACGUUGGUGAAACAAGAAGAGCUGUACCUCAUGAAGUAAGAAGAGAAAUGUAUGACAUAACAAAUGCAAACGUUGGUAAAACACGAAAGAGAGACGACACACUGAAACAACAGAGAAGAGAGAUGUUUAAAAGUGCUAUAGAACAAGUUCGCAAAGCUAAUGAUGUCAUUCGUUCCAUUGACGACAAACCAAAAGAAGGUGAGAGAUGGUUAAAGAAAGAUGAAGAGAAUAGGAAGAGAAAUGUGAAGUCAGGCAAUAGACUCAUUGACUUUAACAUCGAAGCUUUAGAUGAACCAAACAGAGACUACUUACACAAACAUUUCGGUAAGGUUUUCAUGAGACUCUUAGAGAAAAUUAAAAUAAACUCACAACAGAGAUGGAUGGUAUGUUAUAAACUUGGUGGAAAGUAUGAAUGUUCUACGUUAAACCUCAAUAAUAUUGGAACAUUACUACAUCAGCUCUUGAAGGAGAACUUUAUAUCAGAGAUAGAAGCAAAUGCUGCAGGUAUUGUUGAAAUGCACUAUGACUUCUUCUUGACAAACAUAAAGAAUCUUACCGAAAUAAAAAUGUAUGAUUUAACUGAAUAUGAAGGCUUAACGAUGUCAGAU